AUGGUCCGUGUAAUUGUGGUCACCAAGUGUGAAGACGUACCAACCAAGCCAGUUGAUGACAAACCAAUGCUCGUCUACUGGAAUCUCCUAGGUCUCGUUCAGUUCAACCGUUUUGCAUUAAUCCAGGCUGACGUGGACUUUUGCGAUGUGCGGAUCGACGCCGAUGAACCAUCCUGCGCCAAUUUUCGCAAGUGCUGGAUGGAUGCGAAAGCGGGGGCUCUCCAGGACGUUUUGGAUUUUCCCAAUCUUCCCUAUUUCUUGGACGGUCACGGAGAGAACAAGAUUGCGCUGACGCAAUCCAACGCUAUCCUUCGUCACAUUGGCCGACGCUACAAUCUCAUGGGAAACCCUUGCAAAGAACAUCUGGUGGACAUGAUUGUGGAUGAACUUAGUGACGUGGAAAGUAACAUUACUCGCCGAGCAUACGCUCACGGAAAAGACGCCAUUGCCAGCUGGUACGAGACGGAUAUUCCGGACGUGAUGAAACGCUUUCUACCUAUGAUUGAUAAUAGCUUCCUUACGGGCGACCAGGUAUCCAUUGCGGACUGCAAGUUCUACUCAUUUUUGUACAAGCUACAACUAAUUGAAGACGAGAUGGGGGGUCCCAAGACAGCCGACAUCAUGAACGACACCGUGCGCGCGUAUAUGCAGCGUUUUGAGGCGCUACCUCGCAUCAAGGCUUACAUGGCAAGCCCUGACUAUCAAAAAGGUCCCUUGAACAAUCGACACGCCAAGUGGGGUGGCUAA